UCAAAAUCUUUCAUUCCAAACGGACCCUUCAAAGAAUUCGCGCCAGACUCCGAAUGUCCAAAUGGAUCAUGCACCGAACAUCUACGGAGCCUUCAGGUGUUCAAAAUUCUAGGGUUUCAAAAAACAUCACUCAGCUUGGCAAUGGCGGCAGCAGUAACUCUUCAGCUGCUCAGACCGAAGCACAGAACCAUCGGAAACCCUAAUUUCAUUCACUUCUUCUCGUCGUCAAUCUCAGACCCCAACGCCGAAGACCAAAACACCACUUCUUCAACACCAUCGCAACCGCAACCGCAACCGCAAUCACAGUCACAGCCACAUUCUUCGUUCUCUUCUUACUUCAGCGACGUCAGAUCCAGUCUCAAACAAUCACCACCACCACCACAGCAAAGGCAACCUCGCAAACCGUUCUCUCCUUCCUCCUCCACCCCAAACACCACCAAGGUCGCUUCAUUCGAAGAAAUCCGCAAGAACCUCGCCGAAUUCCGCCGUCGAUCCUCCGUGCCACCGCCCGGCGGCCAACCAUCUCCUCCGCAGUCGCAGAGCAUCUCGUUCCAGGAGCUCUACAAGCGAAAUGUGAUAUCGACAGGUGAAGGAUCUAACACCGCGGAAGCCAAUAAAGGCACGAAGCUUACUUUUGAUGCGAUUCGUGAGAGCCUCCGGCAGAUUCGAACGAACACGCCGAAGCAACAAGGCAAUGGAGAUGCUAGGCGGAACGAUUCGAUGUCGCUUUCGAGUUAUAAAGAGGUUUUGAAUACAAAACGGGUUUAUCCGAAUGCGAACAAGUCUACGACGGCGUUCGAAAGGGAUGAGCUACCGUCAUCGGUGUUUGAGAGGGAAAUGAAUGUGAAGAAGGAUGUAGAGUCGUCGGCGGCGAUGAAGACGGAGUUUGUUAAGAUGUAUGGUUAUGAUGAGUUGGGGGAGAAGUUGAGGAGGUUGAGGCCGGCGACCAAGGGAGGGAGUUGGUUUUCAUUGGGAGAGUUGAAUGAGAGGUUAAUGAAGUUGAGGGAGAUUGAAGAGAAGGAAACAGAUUCAAAUAUUGGCGGCGUCAAAUAUAAAGAUUUGAGAGAGAGUCUUCAGAGGUUGAAGUUUUUGGAUGCAGAGAAGACCAAGAAAGCUUCGUUUCAAAAACUCAAUGUCUUAGGCCAGCUUGCUGGACCUCCAACUUAUAUGCUGUCACCUCCUAAAGAGAUGUUAGUUGAAAAGUAUUUCCAUCCAGAUAACAUGUCAUCUGCAGAGAAACUGAAACUUGAGCUUAAAAAAGUCAGAGAUGAAUUUAAAUUGUCAGAGUCAGAUUGUGGAUCAACUCCUGUUCAAGUGGCACAACUCACAACAAAGAUCAAGUACCUGUCUACAUCUUUGCACAAAAAGGAUAAGCAUUCUCGGAAGGGUCUUCAAGGCAUGAUUCAGAGGAGGAAGAAGUUGUUGAAGUAUCUCCGAAGAACUGAAUGGGAUACCUACUGCCAUGUUCUCUCUAAACUUGGUCUCCGAGACAACCCAGAUUACAAGAAUAUUUAUUAGUUGUAGUUCUCUGGAGAACAGAACAUGUUUUUUGAUAUCCAUUCUCUAGAUCAUCAUAUCAAGGAGCAGCCUAGAGAAGCUGAGAUUGCUUGAGGAGCUGUUUAUGGAUUGUCCCAAUGAAUUUGUUAACUCUUUAUUUUUUUCUGGUUUUUUUUUUUUUUUUUUUUUUUUUUUUUGGUAGUGUUCCAUGUUAGUUCUUUGUAGUUAAUCUGUUAAUCCAAGUCAUUAAUUAUUUGUUUAGAAACCUAUCUUUAUUACAACUGGUACUCAACUGAUGUGAGGUAAAUCCGCUCGAUCACAUGAAUGAGCCUCUGCCAUGAUGCAUACAGAAUUCUUUA